AUGUCGCUGCUACACGACGUCUACUCGCGACCGCGCAUGCCUUCACCCCAGCCAAGCUACGCCCGCGCCAUCAACAUUCCCGCCCGUGCCAGUCCUGCCCUCACGGCCUCGUACCUCAAUGGCUCCCUGCAAUCCACUCCUGAAGGCAUGGUGCCCGUCUCGUCGUCGUUGCCCGCCAUUCCCUCCUACACCCUGCCAGAGUCGCUCCUUCCUCCACCACCGGUUCAGUCGCCGCCCACAUCCUCGCCUUCGGCUAUGGCCGAGGCCCUUGGAAAGGGACCGGGGUUGAUUCGCAGAGUUAGCCGGGGCGCGCAAAACAUUCCAGGCCGCUUCCGCCGAGGCAACACUUCAGCACUACGUGACAAGAGCUCCGGCCCCGUCAUCAUGCGCCGUCGCAGCGACAGCAGGACUGCCGCCGAUGUCGACACUGGCAUGUCCGACUUCGACGCCUUUGAAGAGGAGGAAGCAGUAGAAGACCCCUUUGAGCCCAUGCAUGGCCUUGGCAUCUCCAACCCGACCCCCAGCUUCAGCUCGAUACCAGAUGCCGCAGUUGUCGCGCCAAUACGCAACUCCCGCCUCGAGCAAGGCACCGUUUUGAGGAAGAUUACCAAGAAGGAGAAAAAGGAGAUCAACCUGCGCCUCGAUCUGGAAUCGGCCAAGGUAUUCUGGGAUCCAUCGCGGCCCUCAAAAGCCUUCUACAUCGAUGAUGUCAAGGAAAUCCGCUCAGGUCCGGAAGCAAAGCACUACCGUGAGGAGUGCGGCCUAUCCGAGAACUGGGCACCUUACUGGUUUACCAUCGUAUACACCGACACAACUCGCUCCAAAGGCCGGAUACGAACAAUGCACCUGAUUGCGCCCGACGUCGGCAUCUUCAACAUGUGGACUCAAACACUCGAGUCUGUGUCACGCAACCGUAUCGACCUCAUGGCCGGCUUAUUGGGCUUCGCCGACAAAAGCGCAAAGCUUGUCUGGCAACGCGCAAUGAAGAAGCGCGGCGAAGGCGACGAGUCUCUCGACUUUCCAAGCACUGUUGAGCUGUGCCGAAGCUUGCACAUCAACUGCACCGAAGCCACACUUCGCGCCUAUUUCUCAAAAGCCGAUACUCUGGACGCUGGAAAACUCAACCAACAGCAAUUUCUGUACUUCGUCCGACGCCUCAAGGAGCGCAAAGAUAUCAAGGCCAUCUACAAGACUUACACGUCUGGCUCGAAAAUCGAGAUGGACAGGUUCACCUUCUUCACCUUUCUGCGACAGGAGCAAGGCGUAGACGUGAAUGAAGACCUCGAACACUGGACAAACACUUUCGAGAAGUUUGCGCGCGCGACAAGACCCAGGAUGCCUGCUACUCCGAUUGAAGGUGGGGACAUUCCGUUGCCCUUGGCCAUGAACUUCCCUGCUUUCCAGACCUACCUAACAUCUGCCUCCAACUCUAUCCUCAAGCCAGUCGGCCAGCCGAAAGAACUCAAUCGGCCAUUGAACGAGUACUUCAUCUCCAGCUCCCACAACACUUACCUGCUUGGCCGCCAGGUCGCAGGCGAAUCAAGCACAGAGGCGUACAUUACUGCGCUCCAGAAGGGCUGCCGAUGCCUUGAGAUCGACUGUUGGGAUGGCGCCGAUAACAUCCCUGUCGUUAUGCACGGCCGAACUUUGACCAAGAGCAUCCUGUUCCAAGACACCAUCAAGGUCAUCAACAAGUAUGCCUUCACAGAGUCACCUUAUCCAGUCAUCCUCUCACUGGAGGUGCACUGCUCUCCAAUUCAACAAUCCGCCAUGGUCAAGAUCAUGAUGCAGGAGUUUGGCGACAAGCUGGUGCUCCAGCCGCUAGACUUUGAGUCGCAGUCACUACCUACACCAGAGGAGCUGAAGCACCGAAUUCUCAUCAAGGUCAAGCGUGCUGCUGGUGAUGAGAUUGAUACCAGGGCUCUCAUGGGUGAGAUUACCUCACGAAGACAGCGCAGCUUCAGCUCUCCUUGGUCGCGCCCUGUGAUGCUGAACGACAAGCUUGUGCCAGACUCGCCUCUUCUUUCUAGCCCACCUUCAAUGAGCCCACCCGAACGAUCCCAAUCGUUUUGGGCAACACCACGAACUUCAAACAACACGCUACCCACCUCUGCAGCUGUAAGCUCAGCUGAAGAUAGCGAUAGCCCUAAUGCAACCACUGCCGAGACAGCAGAGGUAGUAGACGACCGUCGCAAGCCGAAAAAGACCAAGACUAGCAACAUCACGAAAGAGCUUGGCAACCUUGGUGUCUACACAAGAGGAGUCAAGUUCACCGACUUUGGCAGCAUCGACGCGAACACGUUCAACCAUGUCUUCUCGAUCAACGAGCGCGCGUUUGAGAAGCUCACCAAGCCUGGAGCUCGCGAGAAGCACUUGCUUGAGGCCCACAACAUGCGUUGCCUAAUGCGCGUCUACCCUCACGCCUUUCGAAUCAACUCAUCCAACUUCGAUCCUCUCAAGUUCUGGCGUCGGGGCGUCCAGAUGGCUGCACUGAACUGGCAAACUUACGAUCUCGGUCAGCAGUUGAACGAAGCCAUGUUUGCUGGUGGUGAAGACCGCACUGGCUAUGUGCUGAAGCCAGCAGCGCUCCGCCUCGACCCAGAGACCCCAGCCACUAGCUACAGAAAGGCACCCAAAAAAGAAGUCAAGUUUACUGUGCAAAUCAUCUCAGCUCAACAGCUACCACGACCCCGCGGUCUUGGACAAGAAGCAAACAUCAACCCGUAUGUUGAAUUUGAAAUGUACUGCGCUGAGGAUAUGGGCGCGAAUGCUACUGGAAUUGGUGGACAAGACGCAUCAGCUCGCAACGGCCACUCUGGUAUCGGCAACCCUCUACGCAAACGAACACGCAUCGUCGAAGGCAAUGGCUACAACCCUGAGUUCGGCAACGAGAUCGACAUGACGGUCACCACCAGGUACCCAAGUCUCGUCUUCGUGCGCUGGACGGUUUGGAACUCGCUCGAUGCACGAACCACGAACCACGCCCCUCUUGCUACAUUCACGGCCAAGCUCAACAGCAUCCAGCAAGGCUAUCGCCACCUUCCGCUUUACGAUAGCAACGGCGAGCAAUACUUGUUCUCCACCCUCUUCUGCAAGAUCAAGAAACAGGACAUAGUCGAUGCGCCCGAGCCUUCCGCCAGCGCUUCUUGCGGGUCAUCCAUUGAACCUACUAGCCCGCUUCAAGAACCCACAAACACCAAAGCGAGCCGGAGCUUCGUUAGGCGCUUGAUAAGCCGAGCGCCCAGCGAGCGUAGGAAGCGCAAGGAAGAGCUGCAACGCGCGAGAAGCGAGUCGCGCGAAUCCGACCUAGACUCUAUCAGUCGCUCCAGCACGUUCGAGCGAUAG